AUGACUCUAAACAUUUCCAGGCACCCUUUUGUUGACUCGAACACACGUAGCCGUCAGCAAUGGUGCCCAAGAGACGUCCUAGGUCUCUGCGAUGAUAAUCGUUGCGUUGGUUACGCCCCCUCCAAGCGUCGCAAAUGCCUGGCACACAUAAAUUAUUGGUCCUGGAGUAUGAUGAGAUCAAUCAUGGACGAUAUGUCACAACAGCCGCCCGAUCCUACAAUUCUACGGCCUCAGCUUGAACGUCUUGCUAGCUAUGGACUCUGUGUACGUUACCAUCAACAACAGGUUGAUUCCAUGGUGUACAAGUGGAGCAGCAAGAUAUACGCAGCUUUUCCAACUGGCAGGGUUUCAGUCAGUAAUUCAUCGCCAUCCAACAUAACGGCAUCGCCCAUAUCGUCCACUACGUCUCUUCAGCCUGAGAACCUCCGCGACAUGAUACAGGAGACGAUGAGGUGUACGAACGAACUCCUGGAGAUUUUAUCGAACAAUCAUCCACCAGUGCAGACAACGUCCAUGACUAGCACCUCAGUAUCUGAAAUUUCUUCACCAGCGCCGUCACGACGUUCCUCGAUACCAUCCGACUCGAACGAGGACUCUACAACUUCAUCCACCAGUGAUUCCACAGAAUUGACACCUCAGACUGUCACUCCACCAAGUUCUAUCUCUCAAAUCUCAAGAACAGCUACACCCUCAUCCGCAGACAACGCAACGGAUCCCCUCACAUCAUCACCAUCCCCUCUCCAACCACAGCCUUGCACCCGUCCCCACGCCCGUCGCAUCCUCCUCUCCGAUCCCUGCCCAAUCUGCCACGAAGGCGGUCCUCUCUCCAACUCCCCCGCCGCAGACCUAGUCUGGUGCAAAUCCAGCUGCGGCCGUCCCGUCCACAAAUCCUGCUUCGAAGCCUGGCGCACACAACGCGAACAAGAUGGUCGGAACCCUACCUGCGUUAUCUGUCGCGCAGACUGGGAUGAUGAGUGCGACUGCCAAGGUUGUCAUCAUGUUCCGCGGCGAUCUGGUGACACAGCGUGCGCAAUAUGUCUUGAUGCGCUAGAUGCAGCAUCAGAGGCUGAAGAAGAAGAGACUGUGUGGUGUAAAGACGGGUGCGGGAAGAGUGUGCAUAGGGUUUGUUUUGAGGUUUGGGAAUGGCAUUGUGCGGAUGCUGGGAGGGAUGCGACGUGUGUGUUGUGUCGUGCGACUUGGAAUACGGACUGCUCGUGUCAGUAUUGA